AUGAACCGGUUCGCGUAUCGUUGCCGACAUCCAGUCCAUGUCGUACAUGUGUGGUGGCACGACGCCGGAAUCUUCCUGCCCGUUGUCAAGCUCAACACGGGCGGCACCAACUGGCGUCGCGAACGCGACCUCCAGCUCGAGUGGUUCCAAAGCGACUUGGGUCAAGUCGACCGAAAGAAGACGCCGUAUGUGAUUGUCGUCAAGCACAAUCCGUUCUACAACACGUACGAGGACCACCAGUGCAUUUGUGGCUCGACACGGUUUGAGACUGAAGACGUCGAGUCGUGCUGGGGCGGCGACUACACGCGCGCCAAGUCGGAGCCCCACUGCGGCCUCCAGGCCAAGUUGGAAGAUGUGUACGCUCAGUACAAGGUCAACGUGGUCUUUGCGGGCCAUGCCCACGGCUACGAGCGCUCCAAGCCCGUUUUGAAGAACAAGGUCGACCGGAACGGCGUCGUGUACGUGACGACGGGUGCGGGUGGGCGCGGCCAUGCCGGCAGCCGCAUCGAUUCGAUUCCCGAUUGGUCGGCGUUUGCCGAAGGUGACGUCUACGGUGCGUCACGCCUGAUUGCGACGCGUGAGAAGAUGCAAGUGCUCUGGUUCAGCGACGACGACACGACGACGCCGCUGGAUUCGUUUGAGAUUGCGCCGUUGCAGUAG